AUGUAUCCCCUGACACUUGUGAGAUUAAGUAAGAAUAAGUUUAUAAACUUUGAACUAAAAAAUGGAUCUAAAGGAAGAGGAUUUCUUAAGAAGUGUGAUUUACUUAUGAAUUUACAUGUUAUUAAUAUGAAUAUUGAAGAUAACGAAGGCCAAGGAAUAUUUUUUAAAGAAUGUUUUGUUCGAGGAACUAGCAUAAAAACAGUAACUGUAGAUCCUUCUUUGCUCCAUUUAAAUAAUGAAGAACAAUAA